AUGCAACUUCAGAAUCAUAGAUCACUAUUGGAAUCGUUGUUUCUUGAGCAUCAUUACUGGAGCUUCAUCAUUGAACUUUCAUCUGGACUUUUGCUUGAAUUUUUGUUGGGACUUUCAUCUAGAUUUUCAUUAGGACUCUUGCCAGAAUAUUAA